AACAUUAAACAUGGCGGCUUCCGUAGUAGCGCUUUAGCACAAUCGGUGGUUCAAAAUAGUUUUGAGUCAUUUUGGGGCCAUUAUAAUUGACCAUUUAUGAACGUUGCUGUAUAACAUUACCGUAUGCACAGACAACAACAAUGGUUUGUAAGCAGCCAGGAUGAAUACAGCCUGAAGUACAUGAGCAGCCGUAUGGGGAGAAGCAGACAGAAAGCAGUGGAUGAUGGAGACGAGAGUCUCAUCGGGCCUCCAUCCUCCACUGGUGGUGAUCUCCUGGACCAAAAUACCUCCAAGCCAUGCUUCGUCUAUGUGCUGGCGCUGUUCUCUGGCCUGGGGGGGUUUCUCUUCGGCUACGAUACCGGGGUGGUCUCCGGAGCCAUGCUGCUCCUGAAAGAGAUGAACCUGAGCGCUCUGUGGCAGGAGCUGCUGGUGUCCAGUACUGUCUGGGCUGCAGCCUUCUCCGCCCUGGGUGGAGGCUCCUUGAACGGCUGGCUGGGCCGCAGAGUUUGCAUCCUGUUGGCCAGUUUCAUCUUCACCACUGGAGGCAUCAUCCUGAGUUUAGCCCCCGACAAGGUGGUUCUUCUUGUGGGAAGAAUCAUAGUUGGUUUGGGCAUAGGCAUUGCCUCUAUGACAAUCCCUGUUUACAUCGCUGAGGUUUCCCCCCCUGACCUGAGAGGUCAGCUGGUCACCAUCAACAACCUCUUCAUCACCGGCGGACAGUUCAUCGCCACGGUGAUCGACGGAGUGUUCAGCUACAUGAGCCACGACGGCUGGAGGUACAUGCUGGGUCUGUCCGUAGUCCCAGCAGUGCUGCAGUUUUUGGGCUUCAUCUUCCUGCCGGAGAGCCCCCGCUGGCUCCUCCAAAAGGGCCGGAGCCAAGAGGCCCGGGACGCUCUAAGCCGCAUCAGAGGAGGCCAGAACGUGGACGAGGAGUACGACUCCAUCAGGAGCAGCAUCGAGGAUGAGGAGAAGGAGUCGGGCGGAGGAGGGAUUAUUAUUCUUCGAAUGCUUAAAUAUGGUCCGACUCGACGGGCUCUCUUCGUCGGCUGCGGACUCCAGAUGUUUCAGCAGCUGUCCGGAGUAAACACCGUCAUGUACUACAGUGCCACUAUUCUGCAGAUGGCGGGGGUGCGGGACAUUAAGCGGGCGAUUUGGUUGUCCGCUGCGACUUCUGGCACCAACUUUGUGUUCACCAUGUUCGGAGUGUGGCUGGUGGAGAGGGUGGGCCGCAGGAAGCUGACGCUGGGCAGUCUUUUAGGCACCGGUCUGAGUCUGACUUUGUUGGCCUUUGGGUUUUUGAUGUCUGCUCAGUAUUCUCCGCCCAUCACCCUCCACCCGGUCGACCCCCAAAACUUAACCUGCACACUUUAUGGGUCCUGUGAACCCUGCAUGUUGGAUCCGGAUUGUGGAUUUUGUUAUCGUGAAAACGGCACCAGUGUGUUUGACUCCUCCUGUGUUCCUGCCAGUGCGGCGUCCACAGAUCACGCAGCGUGGGGGAGAUGUUACAACCAGACGGAGUUACCCGACAGUUCUCUCUGGGCGUACAACUACUGUCCAACCUCUUACUCCUGGAUCGUCCUGCUGGGCCUCAUCCUCUACCUGGCUUUCUUCGCUCCAGGGAUGGGCCCGAUGCCUUGGACGAUAAACUCUGAGAUCUACCCGAUGUGGGCCCGCAGCACCGGAAACGCCUGUUCAGCCGGAGUCAACUGGAUCUGCAACGCCCUGGUGUCUCUGACCUUCCUCCACAUCGCUCAGACGCUCACCUACUAUGGAGCGUUCUUCCUGUACGCGGGGCUGGUGGUGCUGGGCCUCCUCUUCGUGCAGGGCUGCCUCCCGGAGACUAAGGGCCUGCAGCUGGAGGACGUGGACAACCUGUUCACCGGGCCCCUCUGCUCCUGUGGAGCCUCCUCGGCCACCGACAGCAGCAACGUCCAGUACACCCGGAACAUAACGGAAACGGGUCCGGCACAGUACGGAGCGGUGGGGUCCGACACUGCUAUAGCCUAUAUUACUCUCAGAUAACGGUGACCAAGUAGCCCUGAACAACUUCAUAAAAAGCACCUUCCUGUUUGCACUCUUUAAUGUCACGUUUUAAAAUCUAAAAAACUAGAUUUCUUUUUAAAAGUUCUCUGUUCAGGUCUUGUUUCUGUCAAAGCGAGGAAGAAAUGACCAUGUUUGUGCAAUUCUUGUGUAUCUUGUAGAUGUUAUAUUUAAGAACAAUCUUAAUUUUAACUCUUGAGUCAUUGGUUUUAUUUUAUUCAUGUCCUAUAUAUAUAUUCAUGUUGCAUUGUUGGAGGAGCCUGGGACUUUUUUAUUGCCAUAUCUACACUCUUAUCUACUGUACAUAUGAAAAUAAAGCCUUUGACUCUUUGAUAAUAAUCUACUAACAUACGGGGAUAGUUUUCUGAUGAUUGAAUGUUUGGAAAUAGCACUCAAAUCUUUAUAUUUAUGACAUUGGGACAUUGGUCACACAUGUUGUCGUUACAGGUCGUAAUUGUUUAACCUCAUGGUCUAAAUGUUGUUAAAACUCAAUAGCAAUAUGAGAGCGGGGAUGUAAUCCAGCUGCUAAUCAUAUACAUCUUGUUGAAAACCAGCCUGUGUGAGAAAUAAAAAAGGGAACAAGUAUUUCGCACGACAAUGUAGAAAUUGAACACUGCCAUUUUGAACACCUUAGUGUAUCCUCAGGACCGUGGUAAUGAGUGUUAGAUGUGUUCACUUUGGUACCUUGUCAUUUCCAUUUUGUAUUUAAAAUGCUCUCCAUGUUACAUUGAAUGUGUCUUUAUUCAUGUCCUGUUCAUCAAUGUGAUCUUUGGAAAUAAACAAUGCACAUUGAAGCAAUUUUAAAACCA